UCACGAGAAUCGGAGAAUCGUGUUUAAAGCGCAAAUGAAAUACAACCAUUUGUAUUUGCCCAACGAGCAUAACGUGUUCAAUACAAGCUUGCUUAAGGAAUUGUAAAGAUAAUGUUUUAGUAGAGUGACACUGGAAGCAAGCUUACCUGGUCAAUAAAAAAUGAUGGUUCAUAUUCCUUCCAUGCUGGUAUGGACCAAGAUCACUUCAGGUUAAACAGUGCUGACGUGUUUCUACAAUCUAAUGGAAAGAAAUAUGGCAGUGAAGAUGCUUCAUUGAAACUUUCAGGAGCCAAGGCAAUAUCAGGUGGAGAUGCCACAGGUACUUAUGAGGGAACAGUUUACGAUUAUGUGGCUGGUUCAACUAGGAUGUCAGCUCAAAUAGCCAUCUAUAAUGGAGGGGAAUAUGUUCGCUUUACACAGAGCUUCCCAACUGGAGUCAAAGGCUGCAAUGUUUCUUACCUUGAAGAUGUUCUUUCAAGUUUCCCAAGUUUUCAUAUUGCUCACACCAACACCACAUCCAACCUUGGCUAUCUUAACAUGUAUGGGGACAUGGUGGGAUUUGCUUAUGUAAUAGGAGACAUAAAGACUGGAGAUGGUAGGAUUUGAGGUGGUUUACGUGCCGGACCUCUUGUUCUGUUUGACGAUCGUGGUAACACAGUUGUGAUGUCAUCGUUCAGUAGUUUUAUGUCACACAACAUGCAAUAUGACACAAAGUCUGGUGUGGUUAGGUUUGGUGUGAUGGGAGAUGUCACUGAGAUACCAAUGCAUUAUCAGGUGGACACCAUUCUUUACUACAGUGAUAGUGGUAUCAACCAAGCUGUAGAAAACUGGGGUCAAGUUCUUACCACCAAGUACCACAAGAAGAGCUCAUUAAUGGAGGCAGACUUUAGCAUUAACUACCUUGGUUACUACACAGAUAAUGGUGCUUACUACUAUUAUAAGACUGAGCCAAACAAGACAUAUGAUGUCACUAUGCUGGAUGUAGUUGCAUAUGCGGCAUCUAAAGACAUCCCAUAUGGUUACUUACAAUAUGACUCAUGGUGGUAUUACAAGGGUAUAGGUAAUGGGGUGAAAAACUGGACGUCUAGACCCGACAUAUUUCCAAAUGGAAUGGACAAAUUAUAUGAAGACACUGGUUUUCCUGUGGUUGCCCAUAAUCGAUAUUGGUCCUCAGAUACAACAUAUGCAAAGCAGAAUGGGGGAAAAUAUAAUUUCUAUGUGGAAACAGAAAAGGCUAUUCCAGCGGACACGAACUUCUGGAAAGACUUGAUUAGGUCCAGCAAAACUUGGGGUCUUAUAACUUAUGAGCAAGAUUGGUUGGAUCGAGAGUUUUUGGACCUUAAGAUAACAAGAAGUAACGUGACAGUUGCGAACAACUGGCUGAAGGAGAUGGGUGAGGCUGCUUCAGAGUGUGAUGUCACAAUACAAUAUUGUAUGGCACUUCCACGUCAUAUUAUGCAGAGUGUUGAAAUACAGGCUGUCACACAGGCCAGAGUUAGUGGAGACUAUCACCCUGGUAACAGUCAGUGGAAGAUUGGUGUAACCUCCAUGUUUGCUCAUGCCCUAUAUGUUGCCCCAUACAAAGACACAUUCUGGACCACAACUGUACAAUCUGGUUCACCAUACAGGUUAUCUACAGAACCCAAUACUGCACUACAAGCAGCAAUAUCUACUCUCAGCAAAGGUCCAGUAGGUCCAAGUGAUGGAAUUGGAAAUACCGAUAGGAACCUUCUCAUGAAAUGUUGUCGACUUGAUGGUUUAAUAUUAAAACCAUCUAGACCAAUAACCUCAACAGAUGAAACAAUUUUGAAACUUGCUUUCCCUGCUAUGGAAGGGGCAGCAAAUGCUGAAGCAGAGGUUUAUACAACAUACUCAGACAUACAUGUGUAUUCAUCUGCCAAGCAGUUCAUGCUAAGGUUUGGUAUAGUGUUGAUUACUGAUUUGACCACAUCUGAGUACAGUGUGGCACCCUCUGCAAUGUACUUGGACAAAAUAAAUAUGGAAACCAAAAUGUACAAAGCGUUUCAAGGUCACCCUGGUACGGAUACCAAGAUAUAUGAUGUAGAUGCCACAGGAAUGUUAUCUGUUCCUAAAUGUGGUGUUAAAGAUUUUCAGCUAUGGCAUUUGUCUCCAGUUGUUUCAAUGGGAAAUUCUACCCUUGUAAUACUUGGGGAGCGAGAAAAAUGGGUUCCAGUUUCAUCCAGAAGAAUUACAGGUGUUGAAAUAAAAGAUGGUAAUUUUCUCAUUGAUUUACAAGGAAAGCCAACAGAGGUAAUAACCAUGGAUUUUCUCUUGAACACAAACUUGGUCAGUGUAUCAUGCACAGUUCCUGACAGUGGUACAACUCGUGUGUCUGUACAUUCGAAAACCUGCUUCUAUACCUAAUAUAUUCAAUCUGAGCUUUGUUCCUGUAGUUAAAGAGAUAAAGAAAUUUAUGGUAUAUUGGUCAAAACCCAAAUCAGCUUACUUGCACUUAAGUCUUUAAAAUUUUUACUGUGAUUUUAAUUUUUAAAUAGGAGUUCAAGUUAUGUAAAGUUUUAUGAUUAAUAAUUGCAUAAUUUUGUGUUAAAUUGAACUAGUUCUUGUUGUGUUAAUAUAAAAUGCUGUUGAUUAUUG